AUGUCCCUGCAGUUUGCGGCCCCAGGAACGGAGGGCGUGAACCAGCCGACGCCAAGGGCUGCGGAGCACGCAGAUGCCCGCCGGGGUCAACUGACAGCCCGGCUGGCAGCCGUGCAGCGGGCCGCCAAGCUCUGCUCCCAAAUAAUUUCUUUUUAGGGUCCUGAUGAAGAAGCUGUUGUGGAUCUUGGCAAAACCAGCUCAACUGUGAACACAAAGUUUGAAAAAGAAGAACUAGAAAGUCAUCGAGCUGUCUAUAUUGGUGUUCACGUCCCAUUUAGUAAAGAGAGUCGUCGGCGUCAUAGGCAUCGUGGACACAAACAUCACCACCGAAGAAGAAAAGAUAAAGAAUCAGAUAAAGAAGAUGGACGGGAGUCUCCUUCUUAUGACACACCAUCCCAAAGAGUUCAGUUCAUUCUUGGUACUGAAGAUGAUGAUGAAGAGCACAUUCCUCAUGAUCUCUUUACGGAAAUGGAUGAACUGUGUUAUAGAGAUGGAGAAGAGUAUGAGUGGAAAGAAACUGCCAGGUGGCUGAAAUUUGAAGAGGAUGUUGAAGAUGGCGGUGACCGAUGGAGUAAACCUUAUGUGGCAACUCUCUCUUUGCACAGUCUUUUUGAACUAAGAAGUUGCAUCCUAAAUGGAACAGUGAUGCUGGACAUGAGAGCAAGCACCCUAGAUGAAAUAGCAGAUAUGGUAUUGGACAACAUGAUAGCCUCUGGCCAAUUGGAUGAGUCUAUAAGAGAGAAUGUCAGAGAAGCUCUUUUGAAGAGACAUCAUCAUCAGAAUGAGAAAAGAUUCACCAGUCGGAUUCCCCUUGUUCGAUCUUUUGCAGAUAUAGGCAAGAAACAUUCUGACCCUCACUUGCUUGAAAGGAAUGGGGAAGGCCUUUCAGCCUCCCACCACUCUUUGCGAACAGGUCUGUCUGCCUCAAACCUUUCAUUGAGAGGAGAAUCGUCUUUAUCUCUUCUUCUCAGUCAUCUUCUUCCUUCUUCAAGAGCUGGAAGCCCUGCAGGCUCAAGGUGUACAACCCCAGUGCCCACCCCUCAAAACAGCCCUCCUUCCAGCCCUAGCGUCAGUCGCGUGACCUCCAGAAGUUCCCAACAGAGUCAGCUUCAGGCCCCAGAACUACUGGUUUCACCUGCCAGUGAUGAUAUUCCCACAGUAGUAAUUCAUCCGCCCGAGGAAGAUUUAGAAGCACUGAAAGGCCAGGAGCAGAAGAAUGAGGAUAAUGUUGACAUGACUUCAGGCAACUAUUCAAAUCCUCCAUGUGUGGAAAAGAGAAAGAUUCCUGUAUUUCCCAAUGGAUCUGCCCCCAGCUCUGGUGAUACUCCUAAAGAGGCCGAUCAUCAUGCUGGGCCUGAGCUACAGAGGACUGGACGGCUUUUUGGUGGUUUGAUACUUGACAUCAAAAGGAAAACACCUUUUUUCUUGAGUGACUUCAAGGAUGCAUUAAGUCUACAGUGCCUGGCCUCGAUUCUUUUCCUAUACUGUGCCUGUAUGUCUCCUGUAAUCACUUUUGGAGGGCUGCUUGGAGAAGCUACAGAAGGCAGAAUAAGUGCAAUAGAGUCUCUUUUUGGAGCAUCAUUAACUGGGAUUGCCUAUUCGUUGUUUGCUGGGCAACCUCUAACAAUAUUGGGGAGCACAGGUCCAGUUUUAGUGUUUGAAAAAAUUUUAUUUAAAUUCUGCAGAGAUUAUCAGCUUUCCUAUCUGUCUUUAAGAACCAGUAUUGGUCUGUGGACUUCUUUCUUGUGCAUUGUUUUGGUUGCAACAGAUGCGAGCAGCCUUGUGUGUUAUAUUACUCGAUUCACAGAGGAGGCUUUUGCAGCUCUAAUUUGCAUCAUAUUCAUCUACGAGGCUUUGGAGAAGCUCUUUCAUUUAGGAGAAAUAUAUGCAUUUAAUAUGCACAACAAUUUAGAUGAACUGACCCACUACUCAUGUGUAUGUGUUGAACCUCCUAACCCUAGCAAUGAAACUCUAAAAAUAUGGAAGGAAAAGAAUUUAACAGCAGAUGAUAUUUUCUGGGGGAAUCUCACUGUUCCUGAAUGUAAAACCUUUCAUGGUGUAUUUGUAGGAUCAGCUUGUAGUCUUCAUGGACCUUAUAUUCCAGAUGUGCUGUUUUGGUGUGUCAUCUUAUUUUUCACAACAUUUUUUCUGUCUUCAUUCCUCAAGCAAUUUAAGACCAAGCGGUAUUUUCCUACCAAGGUGCGAUCGACAAUCAGUGACUUUGCUGUAUUUCUCACAAUAGUAAUAAUGGUUGUAAUUGACUACCUUGUAGGAGUUCCAUCUCCUAAACUUCACGUUCCUGAAAAAUUUGAGCCUACUGAUCCAAGUAGGGGCUGGAUCAUAAGCCCAUUGGGAGAAAAUCCUUGGUGGACUUUAUUAAUAGCUGCUAUUCCAGCUCUGCUUUGUACCAUUCUCAUCUUUAUGGAUCAACAAAUUACAGCUGUAAUCAUAAACAGAAAGGAGCACAAAUUGAAGAAAGGAGCUGGCUAUCACCUUGAUUUGCUCAUGGUUGGUGUUAUGUUGGGGGUUUGCUCUGUCAUGGGACUUCCAUGGUUUGUGGCUGCAACAGUGUUGUCAAUAAGUCAUGUCAACAGCUUGAAACUUGAAUCUGAAUGUUCUGCUCCAGGGGAACAACCCAAGUUUUUGGGAAUUCGUGAACAGCGAGUUACAGGGCUAAUGAUUUUUAUUCUAAUGGGCCUGUCUGUGUUCAUGACUUCAGUACUAAAGUUUAUUCCAAUGCCUGUCCUGUAUGGUGUUUUCCUUUAUAUGGGAGUUUCCUCAUUAAAAGGAAUCCAGUUUUUUGACCGUAUAAAAUUAUUCGGAAUGCCUGCUAAGCAUCAGCCCGAUUUGAUAUACCUUCGUUACGUGCCUCUCUGGAAGGUCCAUAUUUUCACAGUCAUUCAGCUCACUUGUCUGGUUCUUUUGUGGGUGAUAAAAGCUUCAGCUGCUGCGGUAGUUUUUCCCAUGAUGGUUCUUGCAUUAGUCUUUGUACGCAAACUCAUGGAUCUGUGUUUCACAAAGAGAGAACUUAGUUGGCUUGAUGAUCUCAUGCCAGAAAGUAAGAAAAAGAAAGAAGAUGACAAAAAGAAAAAAGAGAAAGAGGAAGCUGAACGAAUGCUUCAAGCUGAUGAUGACACUGUGCACCUUCCAUUUGAAGGGGGAAGUCUCUUACAGAUUCCAGUUAAGGCCCUAAAAUAUAGUGUUGAUCCCUCAGUUGUUAACAUAUCAGAUGAAAUGGCCAAAACUGCACAGUGGAAGGCACUUUCCAUGAAUACUGAGAAUGCCAAAGUAACCAGAUCUAGCACGAGCCCUGAAAAACCUGUGAGUGUGAAAAUAAAUUUUGAAGAUGAACCAACAAAGAAAUACAUGGAUGCUGAAACUUCGUUAUAGAAUUGAACCAAGAGGAAUUAUAUAUAUAGCUAUACAGAGUAUUUCAUGUCACUAUAUAUAGCAAUAUUGUAUGUCAUGCUGUUUAUGUGUGACUCCUGGGUUUUUUGAAGUAGUGUCUGAAGUUUGUUAGGAACACCAUGGAGACUGUGUAUAUAAUGAAAUGGUCUCUUAGAAAUGAGGUACAUGGUUCUUACUAUUUAUUCUGUUGAAAAAAAAAAUUUCUAUUCUGCAGCAGAAAGAUGUGGGGAAAUGCAUUCAAUCUACUUUUCCUUUAAGUCUAUUUGUUCAUCAGUGGUAAUUCAUACCAACUUUAGGUGAUGUACUUUGUCCAUGUAUUUAUAAUUUUUACUUAAGUUACUGAAAAUUUUUACAUAUUGUUUCACUUCUGUUAGUUCCUUAUGGGAAGAACAGGGAGUCUUUAUGCCAGUGUUGUGGGAGAAAUGGUAACAUGUCAUGGCUUCUCUGUAUGUGUGUUUCAUUUAUGCAGAUGUCCAUCAUGUUUCACAAGCAGUGGAGAGUUUUUGGCUGUAAAGGUAGAACAAUAGAAACUUUCUAGAUAAGAACUAUAGUUUUGACCUUUAUGUUUUUAUCUUAAAACUUCCACAUCUAGGUUUCUAUUCCGAUAGACAAGUGAAAUUGCAGGUGAUUUUUAUAAUUUAACCCCAUACCAGUCAUAACUUUAUGGAUUUUAGAAGCUGUAAAAUGCCAAUUGAUAAUAAUUAAAUUUUGUUGCCUUUGUAGAAAUUAAUGUAGAAUCCUAAUGCUUUAUAAGAGCCCCAGAAUGCCCACUCUGUUCUCUGCCUUUGCUUUUACUUAAAAUGUGGUUAAGUUUAUAUCAGCUUCAAGUUCUUGAUUAUUUUUUAUUACAGCUAAUAUGAUUAAGUAAUCAGGAGUCACAAUUCUCUUAAUGGGCUUAUGAUCAGUAUUACUUUAUUCUAAAGAAUUACCUUUCACUUUCUUGUUUACGUUGUUAUUCUUUCUAUGGUAUAGAUAAUAUUUAAUAGAUUGCUAUCUGUGAUCUCAUUUUAAACUAUUUUAUUUAUUUUAAUUGAUAUGAUACUUAAAUAUUAUAAACAUUUGAAAAGGUAACAAAUAGAGAAUAAUUUAAAUUGUUAAUGUAAAUAGUUGGUGCUCACUUGCAUUUGUGGUUUAUUAUCUUUGAAAGCAGUUGACAGAUUUUACAUCUUUGAUAUAAAGCACUGCCAUAUUUGUAUUUUAAAAGGAAUUUAGACAUUUUAUGUAUAGCUCAGAUUGAUGGCAUUCUUUCUAGUUUGUGUUGGUAUUUCUUACUUAGUUUCUGCUUUUCUGAGCUGUCUUUUUAACUGCUAGCAAAUCUUUUUAGUCAUCUUUUAUAUACUCUUAGCUCUACAUGAAAUAAAUAAAUGUUGUUCUUGUUAAGCCUGUAGGACUGGAUGAAUGGGGUUGUGAAAGUGAUUUGGCAAGAGGAUAAUUUACAAAAACCAAAUGAGUAUUGAGAAGCCACAGAAAUACCGAAAUUGUGACAUGAAUAUUAGGAUGAAAAUUUUAAUGAAAUUCCAAUGCUCCCUUUAAUCAUUUGUCAUUAAAGUACAAAAGUAUGAAAUUGAUCUUAUAGAGGAUCAUGAGGAAUGCCAAAAGCUGAUAUUUUAGCAAUCCUGAAGUGUUUUUAAUCCAUUCUAAACUACUUGGUAGCUGAUACAAUUUCCCCAUCUGAGACCAUAUUUUCAGAUUCUAGUUAAAAUAAAGGAUUUGACUUCUGCCUCGAAUGAGAAGUUGGAAAUGUAGCUACUUUUCUUUAGAAAAUAGAGCUGGCAUCAUUUGGUACUGCCUGAAAAAGAGUUAGACUCUAUUGGCAAUUGAUAAUCGAGUAUUAACCAUGGUGCUUAUUAUUCUUUAUGAGCUUCCAUUGAAAUGAUUUCUCUUAUCCAUAGCAGCAUAAUCAUUUCCAAAGACCCCAGUAUUUGCUGCUAAUUUUGUAAACUCCCCUGAUGUACCUGAACAAGGGGAUUUCCUCACAUCAUUUCUUUGUGUCUGGACAUCUUAGGGUUAACAAAUGUGCUUAUUUUACAGGAAGGGAUUUUAAAAUUUAAACUGAAAACUACCUGGGAUCAUAGUGUUUCUGUGAUUUUUUUCAAUUAUGUAUAGUAAUUGUCCAGUGCCAGAAAAACCAUGACUUGCAAAAUACUUUGCACUCAGAAUGUUUUUACUGUUUCUGAUUGUUAAUGGUUUCUGCUUUCUUUUGACUACUUGACUUACAAAAUGAUCUGAUAUGACUACUCCAUUGAAAAGCAAAGGUAACUCAUGUUUAUUAAGUAAUUAACUGCUUGUUCUACAUGUUUAUGGUAUUUUCCCACUAUUUCUGAACAAUAACAAUCAUGGAUAGUGUUCAUUGCGAGACAGUGAAAAAUUUACUACAUAAUAUUAAUUUUUAAAUGUUGCCUUAAAUAGGUGUAAAUGAGCAGUAGUAAUUGCAAUGUACUGAUUUACCUCAAGGUGCAAAAUAAUUAAACUGUACAUACUCCAUUUACAAAAUAAAUUAAUAUAAACAGCCCUGCACUUUCUUAGAUGCCUUGGUUUCCAGGAUGGAGCUUAGUGCUACUGAAUACCCUGGCUACAGAGCCACCUCAGGAUAUUCUUCUCUCCACCCUAUUUUAUUUAUUUAUAGAUGUCUGUUUACAGAGACUAUAAUAAAUCCUGAUGUUGACCAUCUGAAAUUUACUUUCUUUUGAAUGCUAUUUCACUCUAAAAUAGCAGCUUUUGAGAAAACAAUGAACUUCCUUAUGAUAAAAGGAUGAUUCUAUAUAUUCUCUUAUAAUAUUAGAUAUGCUGAAGUGAAGCACAGUCUUUCUAGUGUGUGUGUGUGUGUGUGAGCGAGAGAGAGAGAGAGAAUGAUGUUAAAAAUCUUAAAUCUCUUCAGUUGUUGAAAAAAGCUGUGGCGUAUCAAUGUUCAUAUUUGCCAAGUCUUUGUAAAAUGUGGGACAAAAUUUAUGUGCUAAUGCAUGGAUUUAUAAAGCAGGUUUCUUCACCACUCAGAAUUACUAAUUUUUGUUUUCUCCAUCCAAAAAGCAUUUGUUUCUUCCUCAUACUUCAAGUUUAUGUAUGUAUAUAAUAGCUUUCUAAGUUUUUCCUUUCACAAAGACAGGUUCAAAGUUCUGUAAAAUGUAAAAUCGUUUCUGAAACUGAGGUAUUACACCAGAGCUUGCUGUUUUUCAAGGAUCAUAUCAUGUACAUCAGUUCUUUAAAUGUGCUCAACAUGUGAAUCCUGUUUUAAAGUGCUCAGAUUUUGGAUGUGUAAGCCAUUGAUAUAACAUUGUAAUUCAAAAAUGUUUAAAUUAAAUAACUUAAUGUUUUAAAUUUAUUUAUGUAGAUUACAUCAUUGUUAUCAUAUAUAAUACAAAUGUGUGAAAUGUCUUUUGGUUUAGUCCAACAAUUAUUUAUUUUUUAGAAAGUAAGCUUAAAGAUUUUAAGGACAUUGAAAAUUAAAAAUAGCGUUCAAAAUUCAAAAUUUGGCAAUUCUAAUGUAAAGUUGGUUCUUUUCUAACGUAUCAAAAAGUAAUAUAAGUAUCAAUAAUAGGAAAACAUAGUUGGAAAUGGAAUCAUCUAAAGAUCAUUUUUAAACUUUAAUUAGCACAUAUUGACUUCUACAGUUGACUUAUAGUAAUUGUUAAACCCUAGUGGUUUUUUAAUCAGAUUUUGUGCAUUGAUUGAUUUUUGUGUUGUGGCUUUUCUUCUGUUGCUUUAAUAUUAAAAAUCUGGGGGGUUUUUGUUUGUUUUGUAGGGGGGGUAUCUUCCAAUGUUUACUAUGUUUGAAUAAAUAGAAAUUGAAUUUUAUUGUUCAUUUAUAUAGUAUUUGAUAGCUUGGUAUAAUUUCACAGUACAGUUCUAAUUUUUAUGACUUUUAUAAUUACAAUGAUAAUAUUUUCUUUUGUAAUAAAAUACAAGGUAAAUUAAACAUUUAAAACGUGGAACUGGUAUUUUUCAUUUAUAUGAAGUACAAGUCUCUUCCAAGUCUAUAAUGUGAACGAUCCUGCCUUUCAAAUUUGUUUCAUAAUUGUUAGAAGAAAACUAUUUUUUAGAGAUGUUAUUGAAGUUGAAAGAGCAAUAAAAGUCUACUGAAUUAGU